CAGAGAGUGAGCUGGUGUCUUUGCAUGCAUUUACAUCAGCAUCGUUUCAGAAAAAUCUCUGCUGCCACAGCUCAAAGCACCCAGGGAGGAGGAUGCACGAGACAGAUCAAGGGCUGGGAAGAGAAACAUGCUCCUAUAGAGGGAAGUACCUCAACAGCAUUCACAGGGUGCAGUGAUUGAUGUCCACUGUGUACCUCAGCAGUGGGAGCUAAACCAGGUUUUCAUCCUCAGGGACCAAAAGCAGCAGACAGCUGCAUCAGGAAAUACUCUGAGUCAGGAUGGGUUGUGACGGACGGCAGACAUGAAAACUUGCUAAAUGAACAGGAAUCAUAAAAUCCGACCAGAGCUCCUGACGAUCGCAGCAUCACCCUUCGGACCAAAAGGCAGCUUUUGACCUCAUUUUCAAGCCGCUGUUUUCUGGCCGUACUUCCUGGCUUUGAAGGAUGGGUGAUGGGCCUGUGACUGCUCCUGCCUGCCUGCCUCAUCCCACCCUUCAAUGGAGCCGAUGUGGAACUCCUCCCACCCACCUCCACAGUUCAUGUCCAACAUGUCUGCCUCCUAUCUGCCUGAGGGCUGGGCUCUGUCCCAGUCGCUAGCCCUGCUGGCCAUGCUGCUCAUGGAUCUGCUGGCUGUGGUGGGUAAUGUGGCUGUCAUGGCGGUCAUUGCUAAGGCCCCACAGCUCCACAAGUUUGCCUUCGUCUUCCACCUGUGUGUGGUGGACCUGCUGGCAGCCCUGGUGCUGAUGCCCCUUGGCAUGCUCUCAAGCCGAGCCUUCUUUGGGGAGGCCCUGUGCCGGAGCUACCUCUUUCUCAGUGUGUGCCUGGUUAGCGCUGUCAUCCUCUCCAUCUCUGUCAUCAAUGUGGAGCGUUAUUACUACAUCAUACACCCGAUGCGCUAUGAAGUAAAGAUGACUGUUGGCCUAGUAGCGUCAGUGCUGGUGGGGAUAUGGGUCAAAGCCCUGGCCAUGUCUGCUCUGCCAGUAGUGGGGUUGGGGGAGGAGGAGGUGGGGCAUGUCCCAUCUCCACCUGCUCAGGGUCACAGGCGCUGCUCACUACAUUGGACAGGGGGAGGGUCAAACCGCUUGGCCUUCAUGGCCCUGUUUACUCUGGUGUAUUUCCUGUGUCCACUACUUGUCAUUCUUGUUGUGUACUGCAAUAUGUUCAAAGUGGCUCGGGUCGCAGCCAUGCACCACGGGCCUCUGCCUACCUGGAUGGACACGCCUCGUCGCCAGCGGUCAGAAUCACUCAGCAGCCGUUCCACGAUGGUUACCAGCUCUGGGACGGGCACGGGCACAGACAGAGCCACUCCGCAGCGUUCCUUCGGGGGGGGAAAAGCUGCAGCAGUGUUGGCAGCAGUAGGUGGGCAAUUCCUUUGUUGCUGGCUGCCCUACUUUACUUUCCACCUGUAUUCAGCACUGGCUGCCAGCCCUCCAGCCACACUAGCCUCUCUGGAGGAGGUGGUCACCUGGAUUGGCUACUUCUGCUUCACCUCCAAUCCCUUCUUCUAUGGCUGUCUUAACAGACAGAUCCGGGAGGAGCUGGGCAAGCAUCUGCCUUGUCUGUUUCGUCGAGCAGGGGUUGAGAUGGAGGACAGACUGCCCAGCAGGGAAGGAUCCAUAGAGGAAAAUUUCCUUCAGUUUCUUCAGGGCACAGGCUGCAACUUGGAUCCUCAAAACUCUCAAAACUCUCACAGCACCUCCAGCCCUAAAGGGGAGGCCUGCUGCCCCGUGGCCCAACCACCAGAGCCAGCACAGCCGAUACCGAUAGAUUUCCGUAUCCCGGGACAAAUUGCAGAGGAGACUUCAGAGUUUAUUGAGACUGAACGGGCGAAAAACAACCAUAUAUAUACAGACAAUUGAGUUUUUAAUGUCUUUAUUUCCUGAAAAUAAGACUCAUUUUGAUCAUUCAGAUAUAAACUGUUUCAGGAGUUAUUUCAGUAAGAACAUUUUUCUCUAUUUCUACUGAAAGCUGUCCAACAGGUAGCUCAAUUCACUUAAAUAACUUUAAAUUGUAUCUUUGAAUCAUUGCACUUUGACUCAUCAUAUUUCAUUCUUAAACAAUCACAAGGAUACAAUUAAAUGCAGUUGUUUGAGAUGCAUUUCAAACUGUUUUUUGUAAACAGGGAAAUUACUGCUAGAUUUUAAAAAUGGCAAAAAUGGCCUUCCACACAACCACUCAGCUCUGUACAGUAAAUUACUUUUAUGUCUACUAUUGGUGUAACAUUUUAAAGCCUUUUUUAAAGAUAAAAAAAACAAUAAUUAUAUGUUUGAUUUUAUGAAGGUAACUAAAUAGUCUUCAGACUUAAAUGUUUACAGAAUAUUCCUUUUGAUCUCAAAUUAGGGAACACUUGCUGAAAUACAUCGGCUCCCUCUCAAUUAACUACUUUACUUUAGUGCGGUGAACGUUGGAAGAAUUGCCCUUGGUAUUCAGGAAUGAAGAUUAAACGUUUCCACACACCAACUGAUACUGUAUUUGUAACUGCCAAAUCAAUCAUUUUUGAAAUUCUGGUAAGUUGAUUACUGUUGAAUAAGUAAUGACGAAGAAGAUAGCAAUAAAAUACACAAACGUUAUGAGUAUUUAGGGGAUCCUUUGAGGUAAAUGCACAACCGUCAUUUUUGAUUGGUAGCUGUGCUUUCAUCAAUGAUAAUGCCACUCAUAACCCUUACGCCAAUCUGAUUAUAAUCGAUUAGUGGGUGUACAUAUUGUGGCCUAACUCUCAUGGAAUUGCUUCGAGUUGUUUACAGAUAACCACCUGAAUUUUUGUUCUCCUUUCUUCGGUGCUUGUCCAAACACAUCUUUUUUUUUUUCUUCCUAAAAAAAUCUGUUGCGACUCAUUUUAGGAUGCAGGUUGACUUUUUAACUCUCCUUAAGGGUCACCUAGCUUUCUGCCAUGUGUUGUAUUUUCAGUAUAUUUGGAUAUAGAUCCUAAAAAUCAGUAUUCUCUUGAUGCACUGCAUUACGUUCAAAUAUGAUUCUAUUUCUUACAUUUGUUAAAUGUUCUAAAUUGUAUGUUAUGUUUAGUAAAACUGUAUAAGUUUGGGUUGUGUGUUUAACUCAGCAUGCCCAUGUUUCAUUUAAUUAGUGAGUGUAAGUAUAUGUUGUGAAUUUCAUUACAAGGAAGCUGAUUUAUUUUGACACGUAUGCAGUAACUGCCUUUUUUUGUUAGUUUUUCUUCUGUGGAGAUUUUUUUUAUCCCGGAAGAAGAAUAUAUUUAGAUUAAGUUUGACUACCCUGAUCAUUAGGGUUUUUACAGUACCUCACAUGCAGGAAAAAAAAAACAUUGCAAGGAGACUAAAGCAGGUGUGAAUUGCUCCUUUAUUAGAAAUGAGGGUGCAGAACUUUGAGAAUGUGAUGAAGUGAUAUUUUAUAGCAAACUGUUAGGGAUAGAUAUGAUAAACUGUGGAAAUGUUUGAUUGAAAUGACUUUCUUACGUAAUGUGAAUACAGGGUUUUAAAGAUAUUUUUUUGAGUGACGAUGCCAAUCCAAAAUCAAAAGCUUGUCGAGCUUGAUAUCCUCUUUUAAUCACGUCUAAAUAUCCCAAACUGUGAAUGAUAUUGAACGUUUGUGUUAGGAUUUUCAUUUGUUCAGAGAUUGUUUUUUAUGCUGUGAUAAAAAUAAAAGAAUGACUUCCACUGUACUGCAAUGAUAUGAAUGUGUUUUAGAAGAAGACAUGGCUAAAAUGUGAGUGUGAGAUACUGUUGUAAUAAAGAGUUUCUAUGUUUGU